AUGCGAACGUCGACGAGCGCGAUGUGCGAGGACGUCCCGCGCUCGCGUAGCAAAUCGCGGCUGGGGAAAAGACAUCGUAGGCUUCAUUCGGUCUUGCUCGGUGUAGAUGGGGAAGCCGGUCGUCGAUGGGUGUGCUCAACGACCCUCUCCCCACCGGUCGCGCAACAUAUCGAGGCCGGUCAGGAGGAGGCAGAGACCAAGGGAGGGGGAUCAGUCGACCGAAGGCGAGAUACGAGCCCCCCACAGACCGCGUACGAACGAUCGAGGCGCUGGGGAACGGUACCCGAGGCUACAGACGGCGCUCGCUGGGACGACAGCGCACGAGAAGAGGAGCUUACUUGGCGGUUCUUGACUGCUACCACGCCAUUCCGCGCCCCUCGUUCAUCGCUCCUCCGCGAACUGUCCGACUACGGCCUCGCCACCGCCUACGACCUCGCCACCGUCUGCACGCCGGCUGCUCCAAGACAGUCCUCGGACGUUCAGACCAAAGGCUCGCGCGACUUCGCAGGUGUUGGAUUGUGCAACCCCAACAGUUCCGAACGAAUACACGCUACGCCCACACAGGAUAUGGAUUCGCAACCAACACGCUUCGCCGGCGCCGCUGAGUGGGACGGCAGGCAGCUCACCACCGCCCGGGCGUCCGACUGGUGCGAACGCCACUACGCCACCAUCGCCAUCCAGGCCGGGCCCCCGCCAGCAGCUCUGUCGCCCGACGAGGAGGCGUUCUUCGACGUUUUUGAGGGCCGCCCAAUUCCACGCCGGACCUACCCCGCAACGGGCAUGUCACCCGCGACCUUAGCGCGUCCCGAACCCGCCGCCAGCAAGGGCAAGCAGAAAGCGUCUGCCGUCAAAGCCAAGCAGACGUCACGAUCCGCGCGCGCGCAGUACUCCAGCGACGACGAAUUCCCUCGCGAUGAAGUCGAGAAGGCCAUAGUGCAUGCCAACGUCGCCGUCGCCCAGCCUACGGUAGCCUCGCCGAAGGGCAAAGGCAAAAAGUCGCGCAAGCGGGCGCCUUCCAUACCACCCUUUCCGAACUACGAAGAUCUUCGCCCCGUCAAGCGAACGCGGCAGCCCGAGGCGACGCCCAUUCUGCGUAUUCGAGACGUCGGGGUUCAAACGGAAGGAGAAGCCAUCAUCUGGGGCUGGUACGGCGCAGAAGCGGCCAGCAGGGCCAAGUUGCGCGAGGAUAAUCACUUCCCGCCCAUGCCCUUUCCCGACGCGACGCACUACACCGUCGAGGAGGCAAGCGCGGUGCUGUUCAAGAACGACCUCGCGCCCGAUAUUUUUGAGGCAGUCUGGCCUAAAGACAAGUGGUUGCGGAUGCGCGUCGCUGGGUUCUCUCGCCAAGGGACGCACAUCAUUAUGUCUCCCAACGCCAGUUACAUCCCUUACUUCCCCGAGAAGCCCGAAGAACUAGUCCGGUGGGCGGUGCACGAGGAUGGGCUGUACGGCGCCCAAGAAUACACGCGGGUUCCUUGCAAACAUAACGCGCGCGAGGGCCAUUCACUUUACUGCGCAUUCAUUCCCCGUCGUCCUCUCGAUCGCAAGGACCCAACGAGCAUCUUUUGGCACGACGUAUCGUACUGGUUCAUCCCCGCUCCCGAUCCGCUCAUCGACCGCGAAGAUCGCUACCUCCUCAAGCCAUAUAUCGCCGAUGCUCUCAAAGAGCCUGUGAAGUCUAUCUGCUCAUUGCUCAGAAAGAUCACCAAGGCCAGCAUCCACUACGGGGAAAAGAGCAUGAAGGAGGAUUUGGGAAUGAGUGACGAAGAGAUCCGAGACGCACUUCUAAAGGAGUCGCUUGGCCCCGAUGAUGACCGACAUGUUUCCGACGAGCACCUCGACAAGUACUACAAGACGCUAAUGGCUGGGCAUCCCUAUCUCGACGGCCUCGAGGUCGCUAUCCGCCAUCUGUACGGAUACCUCCAAAUCCACGGCAUGCCUCUCACCGUCGCGCACUACGAGAACAUCGAGCACCACCAAGACUUCAAUCCUGCAAACCCCUUGCGGUGGGUCGUUGGCGCGUUCACGGACGACCUCUUCACGAUGAAGUAUCUGGCUGGAUGUCGCGUCCCUGUUUGGCGCUCGGAAGUUUUUGGCGGGCCGAAUGGCAUGGCGUACGACAUGAAGUGGUCGAACUUCGUCAACGUCCCCUCAGUUGAGCGACUGGUGACGAUGACCUCCCCCUAUCGCAUGGCGUGCCUUUCGCCCCAUCCCGAGCGCCUCCCCUACGUCUUUAAGGGCACAUUCUCCGACAGUGGGUGGCUGGCAAAGGUGCACGCUUACUCGUCGAUUCAGUUCUCCGUCAACGUCCCUCUUGAUACAACGAUGAACAAGGACGAGGACCCGCUGUGGGCCCGCCCCAGUAUCAAGGACAGGGAGGCGUCCAAGUUGCGCAGCGUGGAUUACCUGCGCAGUGUUCGCGCUCCGGACCCGCCCCCAGCAAACCCGUUUGAGGCCGCAGAGUCCUUUGCGGAUGACGAGAGCAUCCCCACAGUCGAAGUUCUCCCCGUUGAAGACCGCCCGCUGCCCGCAAUCGAGGGCGUUGACACGACGCUCGACGACCACCAGGACGCCAACGAGGACCGCGAGGCAUUAGCGUACAGCACCAUCGAUGUUGACGCCAUUUCUUCGCGCGAGAGCUCCGCCGGCGUCGAAAUCGUCGAGAGCGUCAACCCGGCCCGUAACAACCAGGCGGCCGAGGUCAUCGACGUCGACAUGCUUCCCAUGAGCGUCCACGACUUCGAGGGGACCAUUGACGUCGACAUGUUACCUGACACGGAGCUGUUGGACCAGGGCACUGCGGCUGUUGAGGUCGCGCCAGCCGGUGCUGCUGCGACAACAGCGUCGACGCCGCCUGGGCCGGGAGCACAAGCGAAUAUACCGCCUCCGCCAAUAGCUAGCACGGCGGCAUCCGGGGCUUCCUCGUCUACUUCUGCAGCAGCGGCGCCGUUGCAGCCAUGGGGCAGAUCCCAGGCGCAUGUCCAGCAGCGGAUUCCGAAGGGCAUUCACACCAAUCCGAAGCAAUGGGUCACUUCCACCUACGACCAUCAGAAGGCCCUACCUUCCACGACGCUGGCAUGGGACGCGGCAAAAGCUGCUUGGACGCAGUCUUGGAGCCACGUGGGCGCGCGAGAAGGCGACGCUAAGCGAUGCUUCCCGCUGCCCAGGACGCUCGUCAGUGGCAAGGACGAGUCGAAGCGCAUCGCCAUGGUUCACAUGUUCAUCUUGAUGAACAACAUGCUGCUAGAGAACGCGCGCGAGACGGACUGGGACGACGACCUUGACAGCACUCGACGUGCUGCGAACGCACCGAUGCCGUGGAAGUUGUCGAACUCGGACUGGCGCCUGGUCCUCUUCGCCGAGCAUACGAUGAAUGCGAACCCCACUGGCCCUACCAAGAACGCGCUCGAAGCUAUCGAGGGCAUCUUCGGCGGCAAGGUCAGCUUGGAGUUGCUCGUCCACAAGAUGCAACUUCCGUAUGUCAUUUACGGCGAGGAGGUCAGCCACGGUCAGAUGCCGGGUCCAGCUACCCUCAAGACGAUCCUGUGGCGCCUGCAGGAGGUGCUGUUCCGCAAGGACUGGAUCGACCUGAACCAGCGGAUGAGUGUCGCGAUCAUGAACCGGGCGGAGCAGGAAGAGCAUCUACGACAAAUCUUCGACCCGGCUACGGUCAUCGCGGGUGAUCUCCUUACGGUGCGCGGCAACGGAGAGCAGCAGUUGGGCCUAGUGGCUAGCGAGUGGAGGGUGCGCGCGCGCUACGUGCGGGCAAUGGUCAAGAUUAUGGCAGGCUGGUCGCCGCCGAUCUGGGACUGUGUUGUCAGAGUGGCGCAGCUCAACCACCUCACACGGAGUCAGGCAGUUUGGCUCGAGGAGCAAGCCAGCAUGUUCUACACGCGGUGCUUGUGGGGUGAGCUUCACCGCGAGCUGGUGCCGCCUCCUAUCCGGUCUUCUGCAGAACUUUGA